CCCCGCAGGCUCUCCGCACAGCUUCUUCCUCGCGCCUCGACCGGGCUAAUUUAACGCCUCCCCCCUCCCUUUCUCUCCCCGCCUCGCGCUCGCUUGUGCCAAGCCCAGGUGAUUAUCCAUCUGCCCCCCUUCUCCCCCCUCCUCCGCCGCCUCCUCCUCCUCCUCUUCCUCUCCUUGGUACCAACAGACCGACAAAUCCCUCCCGGUGCUCCCGUCUCCCCCUCCUCCUCCUCUCUCCUCUUUCUGUCUCCUUCCAGCCAUGAUCCGUGGCGGGAUAAUUCCCAGACGGUCUUCUUCCUCUCCUCCUUCCUCCUCCUCUCCUCCUCCUCCUCGCGGGGCCGAGCGAAGCGACCUCCGACAGCCAACCGCUUGCUGAGCCCAGGCGUGUGCGUGUGCGAGGUCAUGUCGGGCAUGACGAGCGGCGUGUGCGUGGAGAGCGACCUCACCUCGAUGCUCCAGAGAAGCUCCGCCCCCUCUCACCAUCACCCAAACCACCACGGCUACGGCGGCCAGGGGCAGGUAUCGAGUCUGGCGCCGAUGCUGGAUUACACGACAGAGAUGGACCGCUACCGCUCCUCCAUCGCCAGCUUCUACAAGACCAACGUCAACAUGAACAUGAACGUUGCGAACUUCCCCCAGUCUGCCAAAUUGGCGGCCCGCUUGGCGGCGGCCACGCCCAUUUUCCCCCCUACUGCUGCCCGCUUGGGCACCAUGGCGACAGGGCCUUGGGGUUGCCAUGAGAACAUGAACAUGAACCACCCGGCAGCCAUGUUUUGGGGUCGCCCGAAACCUGUGGCGACUGCGCCCUCACAUCACCACCACCAUCACCAUCCCUCGGCGGCGCCGGGUCACAUGACCUCCACACACCCCCACAGUUCCAGCGUACACCAGGGCAGCAGCGGUGGGUCUGGGGGAGGGGGGAGUGGAGGGGGCAGUGAGGGGGGAGGAGCUGAAAAACACGGAUCCACUCCCUCACUUCCUGUGACGCAAGCAGCAGCUCAUCAUCACCCCAUGGCCGCCAGCAACGGGAACUUCCUGCCCGCCUACAGCAGCGGCGCAGACUGUGGCACCAUGAACAAGCAGGGACACGCACACGCCGACAUGAUCGGCCUAUCAGAGGGAGGCAGCUGCAAUGGAGGCGGGGUCAUGGGCGGGGGCUUUUUAGGGGGGCUCGGAUUACCUCCUGGUGUCAUUGUCAUGGCGAUGGGUUCAGCAGGAGGCGGGAUUUCCGACGCCAGUAGCGCCUUCCAGAUGACCAGCGGUCAGCGGGCCUUAACAGACUGCCAGCAGCACACCAACUCCUCCCCCUGCCCUUCCUCUUCCUCGCCCUCAUCAUCGGGGGUAACGACAGGAGGCGUCACAUUGUCAUCAUCAUCGUCGUCUUCAUCGGGGACUGUGGCCAAGAGGAAGAGGAAGCGGUGCGGCGUGUGUGGACCCUGCCGGCGGCUGAUCAACUGCGGCGUCUGCUCGUCGUGCCGCAACAGGAAGACGGGUCACCAGAUCUGCAAAUUCAGGAAGUGCGAGGAGCUGAAGAAGAAACCAGGAGGAGGCGGCGUGCUGGAGCGGCCCCCCUCCGUCCCCACUGGCGAGGCGUUUCGUUGGUUCUUCUGAUCUUUCGUCCACAUUUGGAGUGAGAAGCUGGAGGACCAUUGAGAGGACUCUCUCUAAAAAUGGACCACAACAAAAGGGCCUGAAUGAAAUUCAGCUAAAACCGUCACAGCUUCAGGACCUGGACCUGAGGCUCCCCACCAGGAUUUGACUCUGUACAGAGGACAAGAAACGCCCAGAAAUCCAACCUCAGCUGGACCGGCUGGAAGGGGGAGGAAGACGAGGGGGCAGUCCCCUAAGAAAUGUACCUCAAUAUUGACCUAUCCUCAACCAAUCAGGAAGUCCGGACUGAAGCUUAGGGUUGAAGCAUGCUGGGAUUUUCAGCACAUAAGGGCUGCAUCAGCAAAUCUACACACAGUGUUAUAGUCAUGAACAAAGCUAGCGUUGCAUGAGGAAGUCCACAUCACAGGCCAACUUCUUAACCCUCGGUAGAAUUGGCUCAUAGAAAGCACGAUUAGCUAAUAUUUUGAUUCAAAAUAUGAUUCAUGGAUGUUACUUUUGUGGACUUUCAGUUUUUAUAACGUUUAGAAUGUGAUUGUGUCCGUAUGAAGGCUUUUUCCAAAUUCCCUCAUUACUCUAUCUUCAAAUCCCUGGAAAUCUUUCAAAUCUGAAAGUUGACAUCGGUCAGUGGUCGCCCGCACACAUUUUGACGUCAUGCGGUGGCAGUCCAGUGACAGGUGGAAUGGCCUGCUUUUUAUCCGCCCCUGCCCACCGUCCAGAGACGUGUACACAUCGUCCAAUCAAGCCGCCUGACUGCCACCAUCUGUAUUCAUGGCCACGCCAACGAUUUUCCAAAAAUUAGGCUGUGGCAUAAAACCUUUAAGGUUCUGCCGAUACCGCCCCAUCGCGCGGUGGCAGUUGUGUUUGUGACCGUAGCCUAACUUAGCCCAGAGUUAGGACAUGUUCCACUUAUUCGUUUGUUCAGUAAAAAGUAACCUCCAGACCAACACCGCCAACAUCCACACAACUCACGUCCAUGCAGCGUCACCGUGACCAACAUCCUCAAUCCGGAUGAUAAUUCAGAACGGGCUCCGUUUAAAGGCCCUUUCAAACUGGGAUAAACGUGCCUUCCUCCUCCUCUUCCUCCUUCUAGCCAACCACUAAGCCCACUGUAGCUAAACCAGGAAGAUUCAGGACUCAACCACAGACGGUUUCCGUUUGACCAGAACCGCAAACCUCAACGAGGGACUACUAACUGACCUCAACAGGAAGUGAUCCGAGACUGUUAACGUGGACCGCAACUUCCCCACAUUUGGACUACAACUACCACAUCACUGUUACCCGUCUCUUCUGUCUACCUCCUCCUCAAGAACUUUGAAGGCACCUUGAUUGACCUUUUGGGCUGGGUUCAUGACGGUCUGACCCAAGCUGCUUCUGAACCCUCUUGCUGAUCUGAUCUCAAUCAUGUGGAAUCUGGUUUCUGCGGUUGGUAGACUUCACUGAAGACUUUGAUUCUCAGGGCUCGGGUCACACCUCCGAUUUUAUAUCAUGUAAAUUUGGCUUCACCAUUGUGUUCUGAGGUUUUCUGUUCUUGAGAAGACAGUAACUGAACAUCACACUCAUCUGGUCCCAAACGUCCAGAUCUCCUCGGUUUGGACUCGUGUCUCCCUGAUCAGCCCCUCACAGAGGGUUCAGAAGCAGUCUCCCUGUAUUUGUAUCAGUGCAUGUUCUACCACACGGUGACCAACAGGAGCCUCCCGCUGUGCUCUGAGGUCAGCAUGGGAACCUACAGGGAACCUUCGGGUCCCCUGAGUUGAACUCUGGGGAAAAGGGAACCAAACUAAACCCAAGAACAUUCAACCAAGUCCACAUUCCAACCAAGUCUUUUCCAACAUGUCUGCGGGUCAACUUUAGAAAAAUCCACAAUUUAAUCUUUACAAACACAAAUGUUCCUUUGAAGGCUUUUAAACCCCAUUAGUUUGUGUUUCCAGCAAGCUCUCAUUCAACCAAGAAUAAUUCAGACGUUAAGGAUCAAGGUGGCCUUUAAUCUCCUUUUGAAUCAAUAACAGACCUGAGAGUAUUUUGGUUUUGAGUAAAUUUAAAUAUUCAUUAUGGCUACAUUCCAUCUCGUAGUUUCUGUUCAGGGCUUUCUUACGCUACGAAACCCUGAAGAUUGAUCCUGAAGAUCCGUUUGUGGUCACUGUGUUCUGGGCUCGGACAGCAACAGGAUAGAUCUGGGUAGAGGUAGCAGGGUGGAUCAGAACACGGUCCAGUGGACUCUGGUGCAGAACCCGGAGUGACUGUUAUAGAGUUGUGUUUGAAUUAUUCAUAUUGACUUCCAUUAAAGCAGAACAUAAACAAAACUGCAAACAAUAUUGAGAUUUACAGACAAAUGAAGAUGGAAAAUAUGAACUAAUUUACUGCUAUAAGUACUUUUAUAACAGGGUUAACCGGUUACUCCAUGUUUUGUUAUUCUUUGGACUACCUACUCUCUUUGACCAUUUACGUAAUGAACGUAAAUCAUCUGAUACUGACGCUGAGAAAAGUGACUUUGUGCUGAUAUGCAACACUUUACGCUAGGCGCUGCACAUCAGCCUCUUUCUUUCCAUUACAAUCCAAUCCAAUUGCGUUAAUUACGUAAACAGUCACAGAAUUCCGUAGUACAAAAUCCACGUGUUACUUAGGUGUCAAUGGUGACAUUUCUGGUUUUAAAGGGUUAAUACCAGAGAGGUUAACCAGUCUUAACAUCUUUAGUGUUAACACUGGUAACACCGGACUAUCUGUCACUGAUUGAUGGUCCUUACUUGAUGACCAUUGGCUAUCAGUUAAGUGGUCACAGUCCAUGUGAGAUGUCCUCCGAGGUGAACGUGA